AUGCGGAAAAAGAAUGAUGUCAGUUAUGACACAAUUACCAGAUGGAAUGAGGCCAGAAUGCCCACCGAGAUUGAAGAUGAAGUCCUAUCGAUAUAUUUAAGCUUCACCGAAGAAGGUGAAUUCAAGUGGGCUGAUAUUUCUAGUUUUUAUACGGAAUUACAAAUCAGUAAAUCAUGGUACGGAUUAUUAGAAUUCAAGGACUUAUGCUUGGAUGGAAUUGACGUCAUAGAUUUCGAAAAACUCUUGGAUGUCACUUAUCGACUCUUGAUCUUCAUGGACAACGAGAGUAUAAUAGAUAAACAAUGGGAACUACUAUUAAAAUAUACCGGUAGAUUGCAACAGUUCCCUAAGGUUGCACUAAGGAAGCACGUGAUAAGUGUUAAAGAUGUCCAGAAGGCUGCUGUUCAAGUGGAUAUGGAUCAACAUAUUAUCCUGUCAAUGGUAAGUUGGGCUACGAACGGCGAGAGGGUAUUUGUCACUUACCUAGACUUUGCCAAAUUACUUGGUAAAAUGGGUUUAUUAAGAUACUAG